AAUGGCAUCCUUUUUCCUUGGCUCCAGAGGAUAUCUUCUGGCCCACAGAUCUCAGGAAUGACCAGUCCUAUCUCUAGUAGCCUGUUGGGAUGGGGUUCAUGGAAUGGCAAUUUCAUACUUAUCACUGCUUUCUCUGGUCUCUCUAGAAUGGCCACCCCCUAGCUCAGCUCAAAUACUGAUGCUCCUUCCCCUCAGUGAGAACAGGUUUAAUGCCCUUUCCCUUUGCUCCUUGGGUUGGCUGCUGAGUCCCAGAAGACAGGAUGGCCAUUAUCUUAACUCAGUUGAGACAGGUUUCCAUGCCUUCUACUAGGGUCAGGAGCUUAGUCAGUCCCAGUCCCCAUCAGUGUUUCUCUUCCCCAUGCCAAGCCUCCCUGGCCCAGAAGGCUGUCCUCCCCAGUCAUUCUCCUCUUGAUAAUGAUCGCUUUAUCACCCUACCCCUUCUCUGUGCAAACAUUUGGUGAAAAUAGAGGUAGAGGACUGUCCAUCCUUAAUUCAAUCCAGUAAGUAUUGGCUGAACCCCUUCUGUGUGCUAGGGAUCAGAGAAGAGAAGAAGAGAUCUGAAUGGGCUGAUGAGGUAGGUCAAGCUUAAGAAAGGGCAUUCCAGGAAAGGCCUCCAUAGGCAAAAAGAAAUAGACAUGCUAUGUUUGUAGGACAGUGGGGAUACUGGAUUGGGGAAGCUCUGGGAUCAGAAGUGCAGUCAGGCAUGGAGGCCUGGCAGUGCUAACCCAAAUAGAGAUUUUUGUCCUGAGGGUACCAGGAUACCCUGAAGGUCUUCAUCAGGGUGUGCUGAGAUUGAAAGGUGUUUUUUUGGGAAAAUUAACUUUGUUGCAAUGUGCCCAAUGGUUAGCAAGGUGGAGGCAGGGAGGUCAAAUGGGUGAUUGUGGAAGGAAUCUAGGUUUGGAGUGAUGACGAUCUGGGCUUCUAAGGUGGUAAAGUUUCAGAGGUAGAAUACUAAUAACAGCAAUCCAGCAACCAUUUAUAGAACAUCUACUAGGUGUCAAGCACAUCAUACCUAUUGUAUUUCAUGUUAGCUAGGAUUUAAAUGAGUCUAAGUUAGCCUGCCCUAAAGCCUGUGCCUUACAGCUAUAUCCGAGAGCAAGGGACAGAAGAGCAUGAAAAGUUCAAAGUAUUAUCAGGAUAUUCAGGCGACACGCACAUUAGCAUUGACGCUGAGGCCCUGGAAAGCUGGGAGGAGGGGAUGCUUUGGACUGAGGGCAGAAUGUGAAUUUUGGUUGAGAUGGUGUUGGUAAAUCAUUUGGUUGAAGGAUUCCAUAGACAGUUGGCAACACACUGGAUUAGCACAUGAAUGCUAAGACAAUAUGGGGAUAUUGAAUCUCUGGUUAUCCUAUAGAGUAACUGUUGAAGCCAUGCAAAUAAAUUUACCCUAGGAAGUAAACAGAUUGAAAGACCCAGGUCUGAGCCCUAGGAGCCAUAGAAGAAUCCAGAGACAGGGCAGUUGGAGUGCUGAGUGGAGCCCUAGAAAACAUAGCAUCACAGGAAUCAAGGAGGAAAGACUCCAGAAGAAAAAGAUGGUUAAUAUCAGAUCAUUCCUGGCCUCACAGUCAAUUCCCUUCCUAGUCUCUUUCAGGGCCUGCAACUUUACUGCCCCCACCUGCCCCCAACCAGGCCUCACAGAGCAUAGAUGGAAUGAGGGCCUGAGCCUCUUGGGCUGGGUCUUGCUGGGGUCAUAUCUUAACAGCCAGCUGAAAAAGCAAGUUGGCAGUGGAGAAACUGGGGGAAGAUGGGGGUCCCAGAGCUGGACCUGGGAGGGCAGAAGGAAGGGGUAUAACUUCCUGAAGAUGAGAGGACGAGCUCCUGACUUGCUGUGUUUUAGAUCCUAUGUAGGACAUUUAACUAUGUUACUUAAUUCUCACACAAAAUAAGCCAUGUAAAACUCAUUACAAUUGCCAUUUUACAGUUAAGGAAAAUAAGGCUCUAAGAGAUCAGUUGAUUGAGUAAGGAUUUGAACUAGGUUUAUCUGGUCUUGAUGCCCAGGCUUUUUUCACCAAACUGAGCAGGAAGUUUGAUUUUUAUCAGUCAGUACAAACCUGUAUUCAGACAAGGCUCAGGAAAAGUUUGUUCACAGUGAAAAGAUACCCAGAGAUGGAAGAGGGGAAGUGAAGACUCUGUGAAGCUUAGGAUCCAACAUGAAGCCAGUGUUCCAGUCCCAUGAGACCUACUGUGCAGUCGGCUGGAGAAGAUUCCCAAGGCCCCCAGCUCUAACAGCCCCCAAUGCCCUGUCUUCUUCCUGCAGAUGCUCACAUAUAUUCUGAGCUUCCUGCCUCUGUCAGAUCAGAAAGAGGCCUCCCUCGUGAGUCGGGCUUGGUACUGUGCAGUCCAGAAUGCCCUUCGGGAGACAAAGGUGCAGUACAACAUUCCAGUGUCCCCUGCCUCCCUCCCAGCCAUCAAGAGGUGGGGCCUCAGGGGCAUCUCCUGCAUCAGCCUAACCAAACUGGAUGGCUCACCAGCUUCCAACCAGGUGCUGCAGUCUGUUGCCUGCCACCUGGGCCCACCGGAGAGCUUGUGUCUCAGUGGGGACAGCCCCACAGAGGCUUCCUUCGUGGCCCUGAUCCUGGGCUGCCCAGCCCUGUGUAUCCUUGACCUCAGUGGCUGAAACAGCCUCUUCACAUCAGGCAUGCUGCUGGCUCAGCCUGAGACAACCCAGCAGGUCCAGCAGGCAUUGAGUGGCCUCUGUGAGCUCAACUUGGCUGGCCUGCGGGACCUGGCUGACCUCAGCUUCAACCGCCUCAGCAGCUGUGAAAGCCUGGAGCACCUCUCCUUGGCCUAUUGUCACCUCACCUUUGAGCUUGGCCCAGCUUGGGGCAUUGGCCCCCAGGACUCCUCCCCCUCCCAACUUUCUUUCCAUAAUGUGCUGUGAUUUGUGAAGAGGCAGGCUGGUAGGCUGUGUGCCCUGGACCUGAGUGGCACUGGCUUGCUGCCGGAGGCCUUGCAGGCCCUGGGUCAAGUGUCUAGGCUGCAGCUGCAGGAGCUGAACCUGCACAGCUCCCAGAACCUCUCCACAGAAGCUGUGGCUACCCUUUGUCAUCAGCAAGCAGGCCUUAUCUCCCUGGACCUCAGCGGCUGCUCAGAACUGGCUGGCAGGGCGCUCUUGGCUGUGAGCCAGGGUCUGCAGCACCUGCAGCGCCUGAGUCUAAGGAUAUUGCAGCGUCUGACGGAUGGGGGAUGCACAGCCCUUGGGGACCUGCGGGAGCUGCAGAGCCUCAAUAUGGCCGAGUGCUGCCUGGUGCAAGGGCAGGAAUUGGCCCAGGCCCUGAGCAGAGCUCCACUCCCACUGGUCUCCCUCAACUUGGCCUAUUGCUCCUCACUCAAGGACGCCUCACUGCUCUCCUUGAUCCCAUUGCUGGGCCCAAGCCUCAGGGUGCUAGACUUAGCCUCCUGGGGGGCCCUCACCAACAAGACCCUGCAGGCCAUAUGCACCUACCUACGUCACCUCUCAGACCUGCGCCUGGCCCUGUGCAAGGAGCUCCAAGACUGGGGACUUCUGGGGCUGGGGGAACCAAGAGAGGAGUCUGCACAGGGGCGCCAGCCACAUGGAGAGCUGGAGCAUCGGGCCUCAGGCCCCAAGGACCCUUCUCCACAGCCCCAGGGCCCCUCGCUGCUCACACUGCAGGCCCUGCAGGAGCUGGACCUCUCAGCCUGCAGCAAGCUGACUGAUGCCAGUUUGGCCAAGGUGCUCCAGUUCCCCCAGCUGAGGCAGUUUUCACUGAGCCUGUUACCUGAACUCACAGACAAAGGCUUGGUGGCAGUGGCCAGGGGCUGCCCCAGCCUGGAGUGCUUGAAGCUGAGCCACUGCAGCCUCCUCAGUGAUGAGGGCUGGGCCCAGGCAGCCAGCUCCUGACCAAGGCUGCAGCACCUCAACCUGUACAACUGCAAUCAGCUCACAGAGCAAAUGCUGGAUACCAUAGGGCAGGCAUGCAAGCAGCUUCGGAUGUUAGAUGUGGCCAUGUGCUCUGGUGUUAGCAUGGCUGCUGUCAGGUACUUCCAAGCCCAACCACCCCAAGUGACCUGCGUCCAGUCCCACUUCAUGGGAGGGGCUGACCUGACCCUAAUGCUCUGA